AUGUGGUCCGGAGAGAACAACAACUUAGAGCCUGAAAAUUUAGCUUUCUUGGAAUCCAUUCAACAAUAUCUAGUUAGCACUAGUACUGGUGAUGAUUUUGAAACUCUAAUGAGUACUUACCCGGCAAAGAAUACUAGCGAAAGUAGUGCUUCAAGCUUCGGUACCUGUAAUCAUGACCAUCUCCUCUUUAAUGACACAAUGUCGUCAACAACAACGUCUGCGGUCGGUGAACCAGAGCCUGAAGGACCGGUCACUCCUGAAGCAGAAGUGGCGCGUAAGAGGGACGCGCUGCCGAAAGGGUGUCACUAUAGGGGAGUGAGGAGGAGGCCUUGGGGGAAGUACGCGGCGGAGAUUAGGGACCCGAAGAAGAAUGGAGCAAGGAUGUGGCUCGGGACUUAUGAGACACCUGAGGAUGCAGCUCUUGCUUAUGAUCAAGCUGCUUUCAAGAUUCGUGGAAGCAAAGCAAAGCUCAAUUUUCCUCAUCUGAUUGGUUCCAAUGAAUACGAACCUGUUAGAGUGACACCCAAGAGACGAUCUCCUGAGCCUGCAUUGAUGGAAGAUGGCUCGCCCAAGAGGAGAAAAUGA